AUGAAUCCAAAUAAUACAAUAUUUGAUGUUAAACGACUUAUUGAUUGUAAAUAUGAUGAUCCAAUAGUUCAACCUGAUAUGAAACAUCGGCCAUUUAAAAUAGUUAAUGAAAGUCGUAAACCAAAAAUUCAAGUUGAAUAUAAAAAUGAAGUUAAAUCAUUUAUACCUGAAGAAAUCUCAUCAAUGGUUUUAAUAAAAAUGAAAGAAAUAGCUGAAGCAUAUCUAGGUUUAGAUAAGAAAGCUUCAGAUGAACGUAAUAUUCUUAUAUUUGAUUUGAGUGGUGGUAUAUUUGAUGUAUCAAUACUUAAAAUUGAAGAUGAUAUAUUUAAAGUGAAAUCAACAGCUGGUGAUACACAUUUAGCAGCAGAAGUGUCAAUUGAAAUUGAUUCACUUCAUGAAGGUAUUGAUUUCUAUUCAAAAAUAACACGUGUUCGAUUUGAAGAUCUAUUUUGUUCAACACUUGAAUUAGUUGAAAAAGCUUUACAUGAUGCUAAAAUGAAUAAAGCAAAUUUUUUUUUUAAUGGAAAGAAACUGAAUAAAUCAAUUAAUUCUGAUGAAGCUGUUGCUUAUGGUGCAGCUGUACAAGCUGCUAUUUAA